AUGUUGAGUUUAGUUAAAUCCAACGUCUCAUCAUUAGCCGCCGUGCGCUUUACUGCUUCACGGGCUAACAUCAACGUCUUUAUGGAUCCAGCGGGCGAUCUAGGUGCUGCUGAUGAUAGGCGAGCACUUCUAGCCUACGGCCAAAGCCAAUACGCGCAGCGAAACUAUGCCAACGCUCUGACAGCUUUCACGACGGCCUUGGGCCAAGCAGAAGAUGAUAGAAUGAGGAUUUUGGACAACAGGUCCGCUACAUACUGCAAACUGGGCGAUUUGGACCUAGCCUUCAAGGAUGGGAAACGAAUGCUCAAACUCGACAAGUCAGACGCACGAGGCUAUCUGCGUACAGCUCAGGUUCUACAGCUGAAGAAAAGAUUCGAAGAUGCCCUAAGACUGUAUGAGCACGCUCUUAAAUCAGUGGACUCAAAGGAUGAAAACCGAUCUAAAAUUGAAGUAUUCAAAGCGAAGCUUGAUCGAGCUAUAAACCCACCCCGGCGGGAUCCAUUUUCUAUUUUCCCUCCCGAAAUUAUUGCCAUGGUUCUUCAGCAUUUCAAUGUACCAGCGCUGCUAAAACUGCUUCGGGUCUCUAAAAGGUGGAAUCAGCUAACCGUGUCUCUAGGCCAAGCCUUUUCACGGGUGGAUUUCACUCUCGCGAGACAACACACCGUUCCCUUCCAGGCAGUUCGUGCAUAUUGCGUGCGGCAUGCUAAGUUCAUAGAGUCUGCUGUUGUUGGCUGCAUUACCCCGCAAAACGCCUCGAAAACUUUACGUCUCCUUUCGAGAUGUCCAAGACUCGCCGAACUUAGUUUAAAUGUUCAAUUAGCAACACCGGAAGACAUCAAAAUACUCCAUGAUUUUACUGGACUGAAACAGUUGGUUGUCUGGCACCGUGAGCUGACUUCUGCGGAAUUCAACUCUCUGCUCGCAGCAUGUCCUACUCUCGAAUACGCUAAACUUUUGCUGAGUGAAGCAAAGAAGCGACAGGAUUGGAAGAGUUGCUCUCCUGCGCCUCGGAUUCGAAGUUUAUGCCUCACCUUUUAUGAGAUGACCGUCAUGAACCCAUUUUUCUUCGAUAGCUCAUUAAAGGAUACUAUGCCCGUGCUUGAAGAACUGGAGGUUUCCGGCGUUGAUGUAGAGAUGGAACUUCAUGGUGUGGACACAGACCUAUCUGAUCACCCGUCUCUAUGCACACUUUCCCUCAACAAGUUCACUUUGGAUGCUGCACUUAAGGCACUACCCACGCGUCUGGAAAAAUUAACUUUGAACUCUGUUCUCAUCGAUCCAGUUAUUGGGGCCGUGCCUGUAUACAGCUUCCUAAAUGGCCUCUCAAAAUUGAGGGUACUAAGCUUUUCCAGCCUCUCAUGUGACAUAGGCUUCAUGAUUGACGGUUACUUUUCUGCCUUGGAAUCAAGUCUGACUCCAGAUUUAACGAUUCUUGAUAUUGCAUACUGCAAUUUCACUGCAGAGGAGCUGGUCCCUUUCAUGAAGAAAGGGUAUUUACGCUCGGUAACGGAACUGGGUAUUCCUGGCAUUAUGGGUAUGAAUGAUAGCAUCACAGAAAUCAUGAUUGAUACGAUGCCCAGCCUAAAGAUGCUAAAUUUAUCGCUUACUGAAGUUACGGGGUACUCGGUUAAGUUGCUCGCGGAUGCGCCAAAUAUGAACCUAGAAAGGAUUUUGUUGUUGAACCCCGCGACUCCAAUUAGCAGAGAUGCAAUUGAAUAUGGGCGCAGUAAAGGGAUCACUUUUCGAUAA